UUGCCGAUUUAGUCCAUCAGGUGGCAGCAAUGCUCCUAAAAGCUUGAUCCUUGCCCCGAAAGGGGCGCAUUACCCUGCCAGUCCAGUGAGUGGCAGUAAUGCGCCCCAAAACUAGCUGCCAACCGCUAAAAAAUAAAGGAAGAAGAAGCAAACGGGCACGAUAAUACUCGGUUUAGAGUUAAACAGGCAUGGAAAGAAUUGUCGAGUUUUACUUUGAGCUUGGCUUAAAAUAUAAAGAUAUCCAAUUUGUACUUGGAUCUCGCCACGGUUUUCAUAUAAGCCUAAGACAUCUUAAGCGAGUUCUACAAGAAAGGGGACUAGUCCGACGGAAAAACUACUCCGACUUGGGGGAUCUAAUUAACUUCAUCCGUGAGCAGCUGUUGCACUCUGGACAGCUUCAUGGAUACCGAUGGAUGUACGCAAAAUGCAGAUUACAUGGAUUGCGUGUAAGAAAAGAGGACGUGCGUUUGAUUUUGAAAGAACUUGAUCCAGCAGGAGUGGCAGUAAGACGGUCAAGACGUCUUAGAAGGCGCAACUACUUUUCCAAAGGGCCCAACUUUAUCUGGCAUUUAGAUUCAUACGACAAGCUUAAACCCUUUGGUAUAUGCAUUAAUGGAUGCAUUGACGGCUUCUCCAGAAAAAUAAUAUGGCUUAAUGCCUACAUCACCAGCAGUGACCCAAGACUGAUCGGAGGUUAUUACAUUGAAGCGGUGCAGCGUUUGACGGGCUGUCCAAGAGUACUAAGGGGUGAUCUUGGAACCGAAAAUACUAAUGUUAGAGACUUUCAGCGUGUCCUACGUAUUAAUCCCCCAGAUGAAACCCUGGACAGUUAUCUAGAAGGAGCCAGCACGGCAAAUCAAAGAAUAGAAAACUGGUGGGGAUUUUUGCGCAAGGAAUGCAUGGAGUUUUGGAUAUGUUUGUUUGUAAAUCUUAGAGACAACGGACUCUUUGAUGGAGGAUUUCUGGACAAAAGUCUGCUUCAGUUUUGCUGCUUGGGAAUCAUUCAAGAUGAGCUGGACGAUACUGUCAGGGUAUGGGAUGCGCACACCAUCAGGCCUUCUCGCAACCCGAAUGUCCCCAGUGGUCAGCCAAACGUCAUGUACUCACUGCCUGAACUCUAUGGAACAAGAGACUUCCUUGCACCAGCAGAAAACGACCAGUUUGAGCUGUGCAAGAAUGAGUGCAUCUUUCGACGUCCCAUACCAUGUGAUGAAGAUGUUUAUGAACUGUGUAAUAUUAUUAUGGCUGAAAGUAAUCUUAAUCUUCCAACAGACUCUUAUCAAGCUAUAAACCUUUAUCUUCUGCUUAGAGAAAAGAUCACUGCAUCCUUGUAAACUCCCAUAUGAAAAGAAGCCACAAUGACACACCGUAAUCAGAGUUUAAGCCAAUGCAAAUUGAACACCUUUAAUUAACAAUGUUAUUGAAAUAAAUCAAGUUUUGGUAAAUAAAAUUUCUAGAUUUUGUAAAGCAGGACGUGUGUGUGUUUUAUUUUAUUUUAUUAUGAACAGGCAAAAGGCAGCAUUGUCUUUAUUCAGUUAAAAUACUAAAACAUAAACCUAACCUGCUUACUGUCAUAAGUGUCAGUCAACUUUCCUAAAAAUGGUGUAAUAGAAAAGUGCACAAUAAUUGGUUCUCUGUUUCUUGUAACCUGUAAAAGCUGAAAACUGCUUUAAGUACAAAUAAAUGUUUAAACAGCUUUCACAAACA